AUGCCCGAAAGUGAUAUUUUAGAUAUUGAUACUCCUUAUACCACAAAUUCGAAAAUAACAAAAAUCGAAUACCAUUCAUACAUUCCGUAUACAAAUUCAUUCAAUGAAAAUGAUGAAAUACGAAUUGCAGUUCAACAGACAGACGUAUAUCCAUAUUUACAUGAAAGUUUUAUUUUUAUGGAUGGGAAAUUUGUCGAUCCUGAAAAAUCUAAAAUCUGCAAUAACGGCAUGUAUUUUUUAUUUGAUCAAGUUCGGUUGGAAAUAAACGGUGUAGAAGUGGAUAGAACUCGUAAUCUAGGUAUUACAAGUUCGUUAAAAGGUUAUUUAUCAAGUACUCCUACUAACCAUCAUUGUUAUGAAAAUUCUGGGUGGAAUGUUAAAUAUGAAUCUCAAGUAGUUAACACUAAAGGAGAGUUUACUCGUGGCAAUAAAUUAGAUCCACAGAAUUGGGGCUGGAAAGAAUAUAAUGGUAAACUAAAUCCAGUUUUCACGAAAAAGCCACCAGCACCGGAUACUCUUUUGAAUGUGAUUAGUUGUGCCUGCACAAAAACAUGUGAACAAAAUUGUAGCUGUCGAAAAGCAGGAUUGCUAUGUUCAGUUAUAUACAAGCAUUGUCAAGGAGGUUCGUGUUUAAAUUAG